GUAGAGAAAACGAUGGAUGUCGAGCAACUACCAUUCCUUGCGGAAUACUCCAAGAGCAACCGGGCAUCCUGCCGGUUGUGUAAGCAAAAGAUCGACAAGGAUGUGCUCCGGCUUGCGGCGAUGGUUCAAUCGCCAAUGCACGAUGGUAAGGUGGCCCAAUGGUACCACGAGGAUUGUUUCUUUAAAAAGCAGCGACCGGCCACCGAAGGAGAUGUAGCUAACUUUGAGGCUCUGCGCUACGAGGAUCAGAAGAAAAUUCGCGACGCAAUUGCUUUGUUCGCGAAGGGAGUCGUGCCGGCUGCUGCGGGCAAGGGUAAAGGCAAAAAACGCACCGCAGCGGAAGCUCAAUCGCUGAAGGAUUAUGGCGUAGAGUAUGCUGCAUCGGGACGGGCUAUGUGUCGCGGGUGUGAGAUAAAGAUCCUGAAGGACGAAAUGCGCAUCAAGAAGGUAGUCUACGAUACGGAGGUAGGAAUGAAGUAUGGCGGCCAGCCGUUGUGGCAUCAUGCCGAAUGUUUUGCGAAAAUACGCUCCGAUCUAGGUUACUUUGAGAAGGGCGAGUCGUUGCCAGGCUACCGUUCCAUGAAACCGGAGGAUCAGUCGACGUUGAAGAAAUUGUUGCCUGCCAUUAAGGCGGAAAGUGUACCGUCGAAGAAGGUGAAGGAAGAGGUUAAGGACGAGGUAGACAAAGCGGCCGAAGCAGUCGAAGAGAAGAUGAUCGCUGAACAGCAGAAAGCGUUUUACAAGAUACGCGACAAGCUGAAGUCUCUCGGAGUUAAGAAAGCCGAACUGAUCGAAAUUCUCGCUCAAAACGAUCAGGACAUACCGGAGGGUAAUGAUCCGGUACUGGACCGUGUUUGCGAUACGCUUCUGUUCGGUGCGCUCGAGCGUUGCUCGAAAUGCGGUGGCCAGUAUGUGCUCCAAAAGGCGGCCUACGUAUGUCAGGGCAAUCUGACCGAGUGGGUAAAGUGCAUGAAUGCGGAAAAGGCACCACCGCGAAAGAAGGCCAAAAUACCGGCCGACCUCAAGUCGGAAUACUCGUUCUUAAAGCAGUACAAAUCGGUCGUUCGCGAUCGCGUCUUCCGGUAUGUGCCGCCGAGCGUCAGUACCGUGAUGAAAGGCGUAAAGAAGGAAGAAGAGUUGCCCUCGGAACCUCGGGUGAAGCGCGAAAAGCCGCCGCUUUACGACAUGGAGUUUGUCAUACUGGGCAAAACAGUCACACCAAAGGAUCAGUUGAAACUCAAAAUUCAAAAACUGGGUGGUAAGGUGGUGACGAAGAUUGCUAGCCACACGGCUGCCAUCAUUUCUACGCCGGAAGAAGUGGAACGACUGAACAGUCGCAUGCAGGAAGCGAAGGAACUACAGAUUCAGGUAGUGCCGGAAGAAUUCCUAGAGGAUGUUCAGGGCGGCGGUGCCCUUUCCUUUAUCACUAGCCGGGCCAUCUGCGAUUGGGGUUCGGAUCCGCAGACACGCAUCCCGACCGAGGAAGAAAGCAAAUCGCGCGCGAAAAAGAGCAUCUACGAAAAAUCGGUACCGGCCAAAAUGAAGCUACAAAUCAAGAGUGGACUAAUCGUCGAUCCGGACUCGAAUCUUGCAGAUAGGGCGCACGUGUACAAGAAUGACCGCGUCAUCUACAACUGCGUGCUGAAUAAGGUUGACAUUCAGGCAGAUAAGAAUUCAUUCUACAAAUUGCAGGUACUUGAAGACGAUAAUAAAAAAAAAUACUGGUUGUUCCGUGCCUGGGGACGUAUCGGUACCACAAUCGGGGGUACAAAAGUGGAAAGCUACAAGACGGCUGACGACGCGAUGAAUGCGUUUGAAGAUCUGUUCCUGGAAAAGACCGGCAACGAUUGGACUAGCCACAAUUCUAAGUACCACAAAAUGCCAGGCAUGUUUUAUCCUGUCGAAAUCGACUACAGCGAAACCAAGACAAAGCGUCUUGCCGAAAAUAGUACCAUUAAAUCAAAACUCGCACCAGCAGUCCAGGAGCUGGUUCGCAUGCUGUUCGACGUGGAUGCAAUGAAUCGUGUAAUGCUGGAAUUUGAGCUGGACAUGGAAAAGAUGCCACUCGGUAAACUGUCCAAGCGGCAGCUGCAGUCAGCCAUGAAGGUGCUGUCUGAAAUUUCCAACCUAAUCGGUAGCGGUGGCUCCAAUGCACAGUUUAUAGAUGCAUCGAACCGAUUCUAUUCGUUCAUUCCGCACAAUUUCGGCGUCUCGUCCGUCACAGUACUCGAUACGAUCGAACAGGUAAAGGACAAGCAAAUCAUGCUGGAAAGCUUGAUGGAGAUCGAGUUCGCAUACUCGCUGUUGAACGAAUCCGACGACACAGGAAAGGAUGGGAAGAAUCCGCUCGAUGCGCAUUACGAACAGCUCAAGACAGCCAUUGAACCGAUGGCACGUGAUUCGGAAGAGUUUAAGCUGCUCGAACAGUACGUGCGUAAUACGCAUGCCGAAACACACCAAUCGUACGAUCUGGAGAUUGCUGAAAUCUUCCGCAUUAAGCGAAAGGGUGAGGAUCGUCGCUACCAACCAUUCAAGAAGCUGCACAACCGCAAACUGCUCUGGCACGGUUCUCGGCUGACCAACUUUGCCGGUAUCUUAACGCACGGGUUGAAAAUUGCACCACCGGAGGCACCGGUUACGGGUUACAUGUUCGGCAAGGGUAUCUACUUUGCCGAUAUGGUGUCGAAAUCGGCUAACUACUGUUGCACCAAUAUGGUCGAUUCUACUGGGCUGAUGCUGCUGUGUGAGGUAGCGCUCGGCGAUAUGCAAGAGUAUCUGCAGGCACACUACGUAAAGAAACUGGCCACCGGUAAGCACAGUGUGAAGGGUAUCGGACGUACCCAGCCCGAUCCAUCCGGUUCGCACUUCCGUCCGGAUGGGGUAGAGAUACCGAUGGGUAAAGGUGUAUCGGAUGAAAAGGUUAAAAGCUCGUUGCUUUACAACGAAUUCAUCGUGUACGACGUGGGACAGGUGAACUGUCAAUACCUGUUCAAGAUGAAUUUCAAGUACAAAUACUAAG